AUGUGCAAAAUUAUCGUUUUAACAACGUUUUUAUUAUCGAUAUUUGAUUUAACCGUUGCUGGUGGUGGUAAUGCUGGAAAUACCCGUGGUUUUAGCGGUUUUAGUGGUGGUGGUGGUGGUGGUCAAUAUGGCCGUAUGAUGGGUGGUUUUCAUUCUUCUGGCUUAGGUAUGGGUAACGUAUUUCAUCAUCAACAAAUCGGUGGAGGUGUUAUGACCAUUGAUCAACUUGGUGCUGGACGCCAAGAAUCAUUCAACGGUUUGGGACCGGAAUUAGCUCAUUUGGGCACUGGUAUUAGUUCCGCUAUUAGUGGCGGUAUUGGUGCCUUUAUGGGCUUACAAGGUCGAUCUAGCGGUGGUGGCGGCGGAUACAAUGCUGGUGGUGGUGGUGGUGGGAACAGUGGUUACAGUGGAUCAUCAAGAGGCGGAGGCCGUAUAAAUGCAGCUGUAUUCUCUAAACAAACAUUCGAAACCAAACCCGUUCAAUCACAAUUUGGACCAAUUGAACCACAAAUAAUCGAAAUUGAAGGUAGUGAUUUACCAGUGGAAAUUGUUUUCAAAUCAGCAUCCGGCCGUAUCAAAGUACGACAAGAACAUCGAAUGCAAGGAGCAGGUGAAACUGAAUAUAAUCAAUUUGAAGAAGAACCACAUCGUUUGGUUACGGAAGUUCGAAAACCAAUCAUACAGGAAGUUAGAGAAAUUAUUUCACCACAAAGAAAAGUAUAUCAAGAGAUUGAACCUGUUAUUGAAGAAAUUCAUACAAUCGUUGCCGAAGGACAAGGUGGGCGUGGUAGUGGUGGUAAUUAUGGUGGAUCAAACGGUGGUGGAAAUUAUGGAAAUAGUGGUGGAUUUAUGACACAACAACGUACAACUGAAUAUGCAGCAGCUAAAGCUAAAGCUAAGGCUUAGAUUUUUUUUUUCUUUUAAGCUUUUAAUUUACACCACAAGUGAUCAAUCAA